AAAUCAUCGAUCAUUGCGCAUGUGUCGGUGUCGUCGUGUCGGCUGAUAAUCAAAACAUUGAUCAUGGAGGAAGUUUUGCUGGAGCCAACAUUGUACACCAUCAAGGGGCUGGCCAUCCUCGACAACGAUGGAAACCGCAUUCUGGCCAAGUACUACGACAAGAACGUCUUCCCCACGGUCAAGGAGCAAAAGGCCUUCGAGAAGAACCUUUUUAAUAAAACGCACAGAGCCAACGCCGAGAUCAUCAUGCUCGACGGCCUCACCUGCGUUUACAGGAGCAACGUUGACCUCUUCUUCUACGUCAUGGGCAGCUCUUUUGAAAAUGAGCUGAUCCUGAUGAGCGUCCUGAACUGCCUGUACGACUCGAUCAGUCAAAUUUUGAGGAAAAACGUCGAGAAGAGAGUCAUCCUCGAGAACUUGGACAUUGUUAUGCUAGCCAUGGAUGAAAUUUGUGAUGGAGGGAUUAUUCUGGAGGCCGAUUCAGGAAACGUGGUGCAGCGGGUAGCCCUGAGAACGGACGACAUUCCUCUCGGAGAGCAGACAGUAGCACAGGUCGUAGAAUACCUUCUUGGUUAUUGAUGGGUUGGUGGUUGCAAGGAAUUCGGUUGUGCCUCUCUUUCUAUCUUGAUUUUUUUUUCUAAAAUAACUCUGAACACACAAUUUUUCUCUGUAAAUAUACUCGCUUCACUCUCCUACCAGCAAACUAAUAAAGAAAACUGUGCAUGCCCUAAAAUUACUCUUGUCAAACUAAAACACAAAAGAUUUAAUAAUUAUAUUGUGAUCGGUGUCGGAAAAGACUGAGCCUUUGGAUUUUGUAU